CGGUGCUCAUCAACACGCUGCGGCAAGCAAGCUUUUAUUUUGGACGGAUUUUUUUUGUACUUCUCUUCGUGGUCUUUGCGGCACACGCAAGGCUGCGGCAACGUCUACAGCCCCAAUUUCAUAUCUGGACCAUCAUCACUGACCGGCUGCUCUUCAGAUGCUGGGAGACAAGGCUCACGUUGUUACUCUGAAGGUUAUGGAAUACACAUAUGAUGAUGACCUGGAAGAGUUGUGUCCUGUGUGUGGAGACAAAGUGUCCGGCUACCACUAUGGGCUUCUCACCUGCGAGAGCUGCAAGGGCUUCUUCAAAAGGACAGUGCAGAACAACAAGAGAUACGCCUGCGCUGAGAACCAGGAGUGCAAAAUCGACAAGACCCAGCGGAAGCGGUGUCCUUUCUGCCGCUUCCAAAAAUGUCUCAACGUGGGGAUGCGACUCGAAGCCGUGCGCGCGGACCGCAUGCGCGGGGGGAGGAACAAGUUCGGGCCCAUGUACAAGAGGGACCGGGCCUUGAAGCAGCAGAAGAAGGCUUUGAUUCGAUCCAACGGCUUCAAGCUGGAGACGGCGGCUCAUCCACCCGCUUCUCCCCUGCACGCCGACUUCGGCUUCACCGGGACCCUGCACAGCAUGCCCGCCCUGCCCAAGAACAUCCUACCGUCCACCCCCGGCUCCAUCACCCCCACGGACUACGAGGCCAACCUCUACGGCCCCCCAUCCUUGUCCAUGCAACCCCACGUGUCCCUCGGUAGCGAGUACCAGUACCCCGGCUUCCCCACCAGGGCCAUCAAGGCCGAGUGCCCCGACUACACCAGCUCCCCGGAGUCCCUGCCGGCCUACGCCUACCCGGACAUGUACCCCUCGGGCUCGCCGCAGCCCCCCAGCCUGCCGCCGCUGGUGGCUGAGAUGCUGCGUUGCGAUCCGGACGAGCUGGCGGUCCAGAACAAGAUCGUGGCCCAUCUGCAGCAGGAGCAGGGCGGCCGAGGCCGCCUGGAUAAGCCCGGCGCCUUCAGCCUCAUGUGUCGGAUGGCGGACCAGACCCUCUUCUCCAUCGUGGAGUGGGCCCGCAGCUGCAGUUUCUUCAAGGAGCUCCGGGUGGGAGAUCAAAUGAAACUGCUGCACAACUGCUGGUCAGAACUUCUGGUCCUGGAUCACAUUUUCAGACAAGUGCAACAUGGGAAGGGAGACAGCAUCCUGCUGGUCACCGGCCAAGAGGUUGAGAUGUCGGCUAUUCUGGCUCAAGGCGAGGCGACGCUUACGAGUUUGGUGCAAAGAGGACAGGAGCUGGCGGGGAGGUUGCGGGUCCUGCAAGUGGAUCGCAGGGAGAUUGCCUGCCUGAAAUUCCUCCUCCUUUUCAACCCCAGUGUGAAGCUGCUGGAGAACCAGGCAUUCGUGGAGGGCGUCCAGGAGCAGGUGAACGGGGCUCUGCUGGAGUACACCCUGACCGCCUACCCUCAGUACCAGGAGAAGUUCAGCCAGCUUGUGGUGCGCCUCCCGGAGCUGCGCUCGCUCAGCAUGCAGGCGGAGGACUACUUGUGCUACAUGCAUCUGAGCGGCGAGGUGCCCUGCAACAACCUGCUCAUCGAGAUGCUGCACGCCAAGAGAGCGUGCGUGUGAGGCCGGAUGGCGGCCGUGCGCGCCUCGGUAAGAAUGUUGGCGACGUCUGAAGUCACAAAGUCGGGCUCGUGGGGGUGGGGGAGUUGGAGUUACGAAGCAGGACAAAGACGUUCUUUGGAGUUUCAUAAAAGUCCCAUUCGUGGUCGUUUGACGCCCGUACGUACUGUAUAUAUAUAUAUAUAUAUACAUAUAUAUAUAUACAUACAUACAUAUGCAGCGUCCUUCAAUUGGAUCCUAACAGGUGUUUUCAUCAACAAAAGUACAGGGUAACGAUACUGAUAGCGCUCAUUUUAGCUUCAAAGUCUUCACAAUCAAUUGAUUAGAAUCCAAUACUUCACAACAAACAAACAAACAAAAAUGAUCAACAAUCUAACAAUAUAUACAUAUAUACAUAUAACAACAUCCGUCCAUCUUCCAUCGUGGGGGCAUGCUGGAGCCUAUCCCAGCGGGCGAGAGGCCACUCCCACCCACAUUCAUACCUAUGGACACUUUGGAGUGGCCAAUUAACCUAGCAUGUUUUGGGAAUGUGGGAGGAAACCGGAGUACCGGAGUACCCGGAGAAAACGACACAGAGAUGCCGCCCGGAGAUUCAAACCCAGAUCUCCCAGACGUGCUAACCACUCGGCCACCAUCCAUCCACCGAUGGAACAAUGUUAAGAAAAUAAUACCUACAGUAAACCCUUGAAUUUCACAUAUUUAUCAAUAAGUCAUGCUGUUUCGUGGUAGAAAAAAAAUAUGCCCAAAAUAUGCCGAGCAUUCCCAAGCAUAAAAAUGGCUGAAUUAAGUAAAAUCCAAAUAUAAGGCAUUCAAAGAGGUUGCUAUGAUUUGUAGUAUUCUACACUGGUCACUCCGUGUCAUGUUGGGUGAGACACACAAGCACCAGACUUGAUCACUGGAACAGCAGGCUUUUAUUGCAGGUUUGAAUGAGCCCACAAU